AUGACUAAUGGAGAAUUAAAUUUAUUGGAAUUAAUUUUAGAAAAAGAAAGAAAUCUAGGAAUGUUUAUUAAAGAAUAUGAAGAUAGUUUACUUCAAGAAAAAUGUAAAAAUGCUAUUAAGAAAUAUAACAAACUCUUACUUCUUGAUCAAAAUAUUGCUAAAUUACAAAAAGAACUUGAUAAAACAAUUGAAAAACAUAACAAUUUAAUCACAAAAAUUAUUGCUUUAGCUGUUAAUUGUAAAAAA